CAGCGGGGCGGCAGGUGCCGGCGGCGGCGGGGGGAUCAUGGCGCCGGGUACCGGGGCGCCGCGGCGGCUGCCGCACCUGCCGGCCGGGAGCUGUUUCCUCCUCUUGCUGCUGCUCCUCCUCUGCGGCCAGCUCGGGGGAGGACAGAAAAAGAAGGAGAAUCUUUUGGCUGAGAAGGUGGAACAGCUGAUGGAGUGGAGCUCAAGACGCUCGGUCAUCCGCAUGAAUGGAGACAAAUUCCGAAGAUUUGUGAAGGCUCCACCUCGUAACUACUCAGUGAUAGUGAUGUUCACUGCUCUCCAGCCGCAGCGGCAAUGCUCUGUUUGCAGGCAAGCUAAUGAAGAAUAUCAAGUGUUGGCUAAUUCAUGGCGCUAUUCAUCUGCUUUUUCUAACAAACUGUUUUUCACAAUAGUGGAUUAUGAUGAAGGGGCGGAUGUUUUUCAACAGCUGAAUAUGAACUCUGCUCCGACGUUCAUGCAUUUUCCUCCAAAAGGUAAACCCAAGAGGGCUGACACAUUUGAUCUGCAGAGAAUCGGAUUUGCAGCUGAGCAGCUAGCUAAAUGGAUAGCUGACAGAACAGAUGUUCAUAUUAGAGUGUUUAGGCCUCCUAACUAUUCUGGUACAAUUGCAUUGGCUCUUCUCGUAUCUCUUGUUGGUGGCUUGUUAUAUCUGCGAAGAAAUAACUUAGAAUUCAUCUACAAUAAAACUGGCUGGGCCAUGGCAGCUCUGUGUGUUGUAUUUGCUAUGACAUCUGGUCAAAUGUGGAAUCACAUCCGUGGACCGCCAUAUGCACAUAAAAAUCCUCAGAAUGGACAAGUGAGUUACAUACAUGGAAGCAGUCAAGCUCAGUUUGUUGCAGAAUCCCAUAUUAUUCUUCUGCUGAAUGCUGCUAUCACCAUGGGAAUGGUACUCCUGAAUGAAGCUGCUACCUCCAAAGGGGAUGUUGGAAAAAGGAGAAUAAUAUGCUUGGUAGGCCUGGGUCUGGUGGUCUUUUUCUUCAGCUUCCUGUUGUCGAUAUUUCGCUCCAAAUACCAUGGCUACCCAUACAGUAGCCUGUCAGGAACAGAAGGCCCAUAGCAUUUUCUUGUGAUCCUGGUGCCAUUUUCAGAGCUUCUUAAUUAAAUGAAGUCAAGAGAGAUUCAUUUAGAGCUACUUACCAUGAAGAUAAUCUGCCCACCAAUGUUACAUGUAUUCAAGAAUCUUUUGUUAGUUCAUCUGUUUUUGUGAUAAUUUAUAUAGUAUCCUGAUAGAAAAAUUAGUCCAGUUUUAUGCAAUGAAUAUGUAAUUUAUAGAAACAUACAGUAAACACCUCAUUUGAAAGUGCUAAAAAGUUAUGAAUAUAGUGUGGUCAAGAAUUUAAAUAAAUGUCAUUAUUGUGGG